CUCUCUCUCUCUCUCUCUCUCUCUCAUCAAAUCUAAUUUUCAAGCAUGUUAUAUGCUGUGCAGCAAUCCAGAUGCUCUGUGGAACUGCGUUAUUACCUGAGGCCUUUGCCACCUAUCCCCACCACCCCUUUUCUCUCCCAGUGAGUGCUUCUGCUUGCUCUGGGGCUCAUCAAGGAGCAUAACUAGAGCAGAUCAGUUUCCAUGGCCACCCAGAGCAGUGCAGUUGGGCUGAAGCACAGCAGCUCCAACUUCCUUGGAUUAGCAAAAACAAUGAGAGAGUGAAAGGGGAGGAUUUAUCGCCCAGGCUGUGAAAAUCCUCUGCAAACCAUCAGAUAAUGCGUGCGUUUGCAGGAUCAAAUGUAUUUUUCCAACACGGCAUGUAAUUGAAUGUAGAAUUUGGGAGUUAGAGAGAGGUAGAGAUCCAUGCACACUGCUCCAGCUAUAGGCAAUCUUUACAAAGCUGGGGGAGGGGGCAGAGAAACCCACUGCUUUUGUUCUAUUUUAUUUAUAAGUUCGUCUCCCAUCUCCAUGGGAUACAUGGAGACAAAACAAUAACAAUAUCAAGAUACAUGGUUGACAAAAAACAAUUGUAAAUAAGGACCUCUUAUCUAAAAAACAAAACAAUCCAAACUACUCUAAAGGAGGAAUACUGCAAAACCAGAAAUAGCAGCUGUACAACUAAAGGUGUGAGCUGUAGAUGCGUAAAAAGCUUCACUUUGGCCCUUAUGUGGGUGGCCAUUACCUCAGGAUAAGUGCAGUCAUGACCCUGCUCCAGAGAUCUUCAGUUCCAUGUGGCAGGCACACCAAGUAGGGCUUUCUGAGCUGCAGCGAUGUCUGUACCUCCCCUUGUGGGCAGUAUAUGCUUCAAUGUGCACACGCCUUUUACCCGAAUGAUUUUGGUCCUAAAACAUUAUUUUAUUAACAAAAAUCUCUAUUCUAGCUCACACAAUAACUGUUCCCUCUCAAACUUGUGUCCCAAGGUUGCGUCACUUUUGUACUUGUUCCCAAGAUUCAUCCGCCACUUCAUUUAUGGGAGCAGUUGUUGUUGAUUGCUGUCGAAGGGGAAGCCCCAUUUUUAAGUGGGAUUUACAGGUUAAAAACAAAUUUCCAGGAGGGUGUAAUAUGAUAUUCCUUCAGGAUGGGUUAACCAGCAAUCUUUCCUUUGUAAUCCCAGAGGAAGCCCCAUCCUACUGUCUCACUGUGGAGCACUGGGGUGGGCGACCUGAGGCCUGGUCUGGGCAAGCUUGCUGACUGAGCAUGAAGCAGGGCCUCCUCUACAGAGUCGGGGAAGUAUCAGCAGCUACUCCAACCCAUGGGAUGGUGAGCAGACCUGACUUAGCUCUUCUCCCAGGCUUUCCCACAGUCAGAUAUGCACAGUAGAGGGUUGAAGCAUGACUGGGAAAGGAACCCUGGCCAGGUGGAAUUGACUUUGCUACUUGAAUUGUUCUUCCUUGUCAGAUGUCCAAAUUUUUGACAUGAACAAUUGAAGCUUUCCAAUUGACAGCUGAACUGAUCCCCCAAUGACAUUGUUUUUAAUCAAAAGCUGAACUGCUUCAGAGAUUUUACACUCCCCCAGGGGUGCCAAACUGUAGUAGUUUCCAUUGGAUGAGCAAGGAAUUUUAUAUUGGAAUCUUCCUUUGGAUUGCAAUUCUUUAGGGUGAGCAACCAUGCCUUCCUUCGUAUUUGCAUGGGAUGUCUCUGCUCUGAACUGAGUCCUUUAGGUGCCAGGGGAAGAAAAGGUAGCAAUAGCUCUACAUUUGUUCAGAGCCUGUGCAAACCUACAGACUUUCCCCACACUUUCAUUACUUAGUCUGCACAAUGGUAUACUGUUAUUUAUUAGUCUGAGUAAUCAUGCUGUAGAGUAAUUAAUUAUGGUGUGAGCUAAAGAUGGAACUACAUCCCCACCCCACAAAUCAUGGCAGCAUGACAUAGCGGUCAGGUUGCAUAGCAUGCUAGGCCAUUCUGUGAUUAAGCCAUCAUGGGUUGCUUGUCCGCUGAGUAACCCACGCUACUCCCAACUGAAGGUUGUGUUUGUUGUGGCUUGUACUCUCAUUAAGUUCCCUCCACUCUCCUGCUGGCCUUGGCAUGUAUACCAGACACCUUUGCAAUGGAUCUUCUUGUUACUCCAGACCCUGUGGCAGAACCUCUUCUUCAUUAGUUUGCUGGCUAUUAGGAGAACUCCCCUCCUUCCCCCCUCACAGUUCACCAAAUGGGAUUGAUUUUAGGAGCCUUCAUGAGUACAGAAACCCAUUCACACACUUGUCUCUAGAGACAUUCACUGUUGCACUAGUCCGUGUCUGUGGUAUUUAGCCAAAUGUUUCCAUAUUCUGCUCUUUCACUCCAGUGCUAGCUAGAAAGUACCCCCUGGGGGGUGGGGGAAGCUACCUCACUUUACGCUAAAGUAAGUGCACCCACUUUAAGUAAGAACACUCCCUGGCAGGGCAUACUUGCCGCUCCUCUGGCUUCCUGCUUGUUGUUUCCCUCCAUGGACCUCACCAUCUCAUCUUGAUAUGGGUUGAAGGCCAGUGAGCAGGACUGGGGAACAUACACAGAUGCCAUGGCAAAGCACUAGCAUGGAGAGGGUGUUGCAGAAAUGAAAGGGCAGCUGUCAGCAGAGGAGGGAGGAGGGUGGCAAGAUGAGUAAGAUCGUGAGGAGUGGCGAGGGUUUUUGCUGCACUGGCAAGUGGCUUGUCAUACUGUGUGAACCAUACAGGGGGCAGGUUCUUACCUCCUGCUAAGGGACUGUGCAAAUACUGAACAACCCACAAUAUGCCCAACAGACAGUUGGGCUUACCAGGCUUGUUCUCCCCCUUUCCCUCCUAAGUUCUCCCUCUUUCACCUUUUCAGUACUUCUUCGGGUCUCUAGCUACUCCAGAAAGGGGAGAGAUUAGUGUCCUUCACCCUUUACCUCUACAGAUCCCUGGCUGGGAAAUGAAUGGAGGAGAUAUUUGAGCACCUGCUUGAAACAGCAGCAUACAGUAGUCUAUAUGCAGUUUUGCCUUUACCAGUCUGUUAUCCGCUCCACUUCACUGCCCCCUUUGACAGCUGAAACAAACAGAAAAUUGAUCAGGCAAGACUAAACAUAUCAGACAGACUCAAGAGCACACUUGUAAAAGACUGACAACUAUAACAGCAACAAUAAUCAUGUAUGUCUUUGAACAAUUGUCUCGGGCCAGAAGGGUGGCAAUCAGUGAUGGUUGCUCCAAAGGGCAGCUUGGGCAUCAGUAGAGGAACAGUCACUGGUGGCAGCACAGGUGAGGUUGCAAAGGGUGGCAGGGGUUUUUGCCACUCUUGCUAUGACUGUUUGCUAGCCAAUCCCCACAACACAGUGGAAUCGCUCUGCCAGCUUUGGAUGAUCUGACAGCUCAUCAUGGUAUGAUUCUAGGUAACAGGGCAACAUUUCCAUGAACAGGAGGACUUCUGUCCCCUGCUGGAUUUCAUGCCUGAUGAUUUUUACUCCUGGUCCUUCUGCAGUUGCUCAGGUCCCUGGCAUCCCUUAUUUUCAGUCUACAUCUUCUGCUCAGAAUCUGGAGCUGCAGGCAAAACCUGCAUGUGAGACACCUCUUUUUCCUAUAGCUGCUUUUAAUAGUUGUGCAGUUGAUAAGCUGCAACUGCUGAAAAUUCCUGUUCCAUGCUAGUACUGAGGCUGUAGGAGAGCUGAUCCCUUUUGUAACUGGCCGUUCUACAUCUUUUAACCUUAAGGUGAAUCUCACAGAUGGAAACACUAUGGCAACCUGUUUUCUAGAUUUGGUUACUGCUUUCACCUUCGUGCUGUGCACCUAACAUUGGACUGAAACCUGCAGCAGCCACACUUCAGUGCUGAUAGUCUAAGCAGAAUGCCAGGGUAGUAGAGGUUUGCAUAGUACCGGCAAUGGCCUUUGUCCAUCCUCCAGGAGACUUAGUAUAAGUUGUCUGAAUAGUUCAUCUUCUUUUCACUAUAUGUGCAGAUUUACAUAGUCCUUAGCAAUUGCUGGAGAGCUUUAAAAUGAGGCAAGUGUACUAAUUUGCGAAAAGAUGAAUCUUUGUUUCUUAGCUUUUGAACAAGAUGGUGAGUCAUUUAGCCUUUUCUAAUUAACCUUUCAUUCCAGUCCUGACGCACCAGCAAGAGAACAGGAAUGGGAAUUGGAGGUGAUCAUUACUACCUAUUAACCUAUGUUAUUCUACCUCAUUCAGAUAGGAAAUUCGCUCUUUCUGUGUAAUGAAUUCCACAGAGUGUUGAAAGAAAGAGGAUGGGAAGACUUCACAGAUGAAAUCAGGGAGUGCUAAAGGGCUGUCAGUGUUUUUCAGGAUUAAUUGGAUUGUGUAGCCUGAACCACCAUGGAGGGGGAUUGUUUGAGCUGCAUGAAGUAUCUGAUGUUUGUCUUCAAUUUCUUCAUAUUUCUGGGUGGUACAUGUCUCCUGGGAGUCGGAAUAUGGGUCAUAGUAGAUCCCACAGGAUUUCGAGAGAUAGUGGCUACUAAUCCUCUGCUCUUCACUGGGGCGUACAUCAUGCUGGCCAUGGGAGCAAUGCUGUUCCUGCUGGGGUUCCUCGGCUGCUGCGGAGCCAUUCGUGAGAAUAAAUGCCUCCUUCUCUUCUUCUUCAUGUUUAUUUUGCUCAUCUUCCUGGCAGAACUUUCAGCUGCAAUCCUGGCUUUUAUCUUCAGAGAAAAUCUGACCAGAGAGUUCUUCACCAAAGAACUGAAAAAGCACUAUCAAGGGAACAACGAGUCCGAUGUCUUCUCAACCACCUGGAACUCGGUCAUGAUCACAUUUGGCUGCUGUGGAGUCAAUGGUCCAGAAGAUUUUGAAACUGCCCCUCGUUUCCUCCUGUAUUCACACGAUGUAGUUCCUGAAGCUUGUUGCCGGCGGGAGCUCCAGUCUCGAAAUGGAGCUUUCAUCAACAAAGAAGAAUGCCUUAAGGGGAAGGACAUGUACCAAAACCGGCAGGUAAGAGGUACACCGAAGUGGGUCUUUAUACAGAAUUGUAAACUCCUGCGUGGUGGCGGGGGUAUGGCAUCCACAAAGCUUUUAUUUGAUGAAAGCUUCUCUGCCUUAGUUAUUGCAGAAUUUCCCCUUGCUUUGCCAGUUCCUCCACGUCUGUCUGGAUUAUGGAGAGUUUCUUCCAGGUGGUUCACGCUUAUUCAUAUUUUAUGGAUGGGGAACCGAGACUGAGAAAUAGCAGGUUGCCCAAGGCCACACAAUCUAUGAGUAGAAAUGGAUGGGAAGUGAGCCUGAGGAGAUCUCUCUUGUAAUUGCAAACUAUAGAUAAAUGCACCUUGAGCAUCGUGCAGGAUUAAAAAUCUUUUGUUUGUGUAUUUUUCCCUCUGACUGACAAAAAGAUAAUUCAAAGGAGGGCCAGUCUGAGGGUAGGCAGCUUGGCUGGGCAAUCUUUAUCUUCCAGUUGCUGAAAGAAGGAAAUGUUCCUUCCCGCUGCCUCUUUGACUUCCAGCUAUCCUGUUUAGCAGCAGCAGGAGUGGAGGAGGAAGGCAUGAUCCAGGAGAAGGGCUCCCGUGGGCUGAGUGUGUGAACAAACAGUCAUGGAGCGAUGUGCCAGGAUUUAUGGGGAGGUGUGGAGGAAAAUAAGCUGAACCGGCAGCUCCCAAAGGGGUGGCUGGUUGGCCCGGGUGGGAAACACAGAGAGCUAGAAUGAUUAUUGGCCAUUGGUUUGAGGAUUCCCUGUGAUUUGGAUAUCAUUGCAGUCUCUCACCAGCCUUGUCUUGGUACUAAGUAUUAGACAGAAACUGGAAUGGAGACUUAACGGGCGAGAUUUUUUUUUUUAAUGUGAAAAUCUCAGAACCUACCAUUAGACAUAGAGCUUAGACACCUUCUUUUCUUUCAUAUGUGGCAAGUUCCAUGAUUUUGAGUGCAAUAAAAUACAAACUUAAGACCUUGUAGCAUCACAGCAGGCUUGUACCUGAGAAACACACAUACCAGUUUACCUUAUUCUUGUUCCAGAUAGUCAAAGGUAUUUAGGCUUUGUCUAGAAUGCAGCCAUUUACCUCUUGCGAGCUCUGUUGCAAAAGGAAAUGAGGUAUAGUUGAAAAUGUGUGGAGUAUAAGAUUAUCAAUGGCCAGUAGUCCAGCUCACUAUAUGCUGCCUCCCGUAUCGGAGGUGGCAUGCCCCGGUAUAGCAGCUGCUGGGGAACAUGAGCCGGCCGGUGUUCUUGCACUCCUGCCCUGCUUGAGGACCCGAUCUGCAGUUGGUUGGCCACCAUGUGCUGGGCUGAGGGACUUUUGGUCUUGAAUAAAUGUUUUGGAUUAUCCCGCUUUGCAACAAGAUGUCCAUCUUGAAGGGCCAAGGACUCUCUAGUACUAUUUCUGUCAAGCCUGCCUCCAGAUGACAACUUAGUUAUUCAACUUGGUGCCUCCAAGAUCCGUGCUGUUGAGUCCCUUGAUGUCUUGUUAGUCAUUAAAAGAAAAAAAGAAAAGAAAAGCCCUGAAACUCUUUGAAUAAAAGUUUGACUUUGACUGAAAUUUGUUUCCUUUUUCCAGGGCUGCUACACUGUGAUACUUAAUUCCUUUGAGACAUAUGUGUACCUUGCAGGAGCUCUUGCCAUUGGUGUUUUAGCCAUUGAGGUAUAGUAGAGAUUGGUAUGCUAAUGGUCAUAUAAGACGCACAGCUGUCUUUUUGUAGGAGCCUGCCAUGUCUUCCUGUCUGUACUUUUGUAUAAUAUUCUCAGAAAUGCAGAGUGGAAGAAUGUGGCAAAAAAACCCCUUAUCCUGCACUGCCCUCUAGUGUUAAGUACCUUGUAAAUGAUGUAGCCGUCAGACUUGGAACACUCGCUCAUCCUCAAUGCAUAUCUGAAAAGCCUUCAGUGAAUUUACUUGAUUAGACAUUAUGAACAGCUUUCAAAGUUAAUAUUACUUUAAAAGAAAUAACAUUCUUAUUUCAUAUGUUCUGAACGUUCAGAACUUUUCAGGCUUUUUCAGUUCCUGUGCAAGGCUGCAAUAAUGACCCACAGAAUUGAGCUCAGUGGCAUCAGUUAAACCACCAAAUAUCCUCCAGACGCUAGCCUUAUUCACGUAUUCUUCAGAUACAGAACUCACACAUGGAACCUGCACAUUUUCUGCCAGUCCCAUUGCUGACAUCUUGCAUCGUAUUGGCCAUACUUUCUGGCAGAUGUGCAGGGUUUCUGUGUCCAGAUGUGCCUGCCAAUGUGUGGCUGCUGUGAGCAUGUGGCAGUGAUACUGGGAUGGAGAAGGACUGGAGUUAGCAGUGAAUUUUUAUUGCUUCCUUUUCCAUGCAUAGGUUUCCUGCAUGAAGAACUCGUGAAAAAGGCUGCAAAAUAUAUCUUA